GACGCUGAGAGGCAGGAGGCACUUGGGAUCGUCCGCAGGAUUGGGACUGCUACAGAGGCCGCCACGGAGCCCGCCGGAGCCACCGUUCCUGCUGCUGCUGCCGCCGCUGCCCGAAUCGGAACCGUCGGGCCGCAGCCGCCGGCAAUGCCGCGAAGGAAGAGGAAUGCAGGCAGUAGUUCAGAUGGAACCGAAGAUUCCGAUUUUUCUACAGAUCUCGAGCACACAGACAGUUCAGAGAGCGAUGGCACAUCCCGCCGAUCUGCCCGAGUCACCCGCUCCUCAGCCAGGCUAAGCCAGAGUUCUCAAGAUUCCAGCCCUGUUCGAAAUUUGCAGUCUUUUGGCACCGAGGAACCUGCCUAUUCUACCAGAAGAGUGACCCGUAGUCAGCAGCAGCCCACCCCAGUGACUCCGAAAAAGUACCCGCUUCGGCAGACUCGUUCAUCUGGCUCGGAAACUGAACAAGUGGUUGAUUUUUCAGAUAGAGAAACUAAAAAUACAGCUGAUCAUGAUGAGUCACCACCUCGAACUCCAACUGGAAAUGCACCUUCUUCUGAGUCUGACAUAGACAUCUCCAGCCCCAACGUGUCUCAUGAUGAGAGCAUUGCCAAGGACAUGUCCCUGAAGGACUCGGGCAGCGAUCUCUCUCAUCGACCUAAACGCCGUCGAUUCCAUGAAAGCUAUAAUUUCAAUAUGAAGUGUCCUACACCAGGCUGUAACUCUCUAGGGCAUCUUACAGGAAAACAUGAGAGACAUUUCUCCAUCUCAGGAUGCCCGCUCUAUCAUAACCUCUCAGCCGAUGAAUGCAAGGUGAGAGCACAGAGCCGGGAUAAGCAGAUAGAAGAAAGGAUGCUGUCCCACAGGCAAGAUGACAACAACAGGCAUGCAACCAGGCACCAGGCACCAACAGAAAGGCAGCUGCGAUACAAGGAAAAGGUUGCUGAACUCAGGAAGAAAAGAAAUUCUGGACUGAGCAAAGAACAGAAAGAGAAAUACAUGGAACAUAGACAGACCUAUGGGAACACUCGGGAACCUCUCUUGGAAAACCUGACAAGCGAGUAUGACUUGGAUCUUUUCCGAAGAGCACAAGCCCGGGCUUCAGAGGAUUUGGAGAAAUUAAGGCUACAAGGCCAAAUCACAGAAGGAAGCAACAUGAUUAAAACAAUUGCUUUUGGUCGCUACGAGCUUGAUACUUGGUACCAUUCUCCCUAUCCUGAAGAAUACGCACGACUGGGACGUCUCUACAUGUGUGAAUUCUGUUUAAAAUAUAUGAAGAGCCAAACUAUACUCCGCCGGCACAUGGCCAAGUGUGUGUGGAAACACCCCCCUGGUGAUGAGAUAUAUCGCAAAGGCUCAAUCUCUGUGUUUGAAGUAGAUGGCAAGAAAAAUAAGAUUUACUGCCAAAAUCUGUGCCUGCUGGCCAAGCUUUUUCUGGACCAUAAGACAUUAUAUUAUGAUGUGGAACCCUUUCUCUUCUAUGUUAUGACAGAAGCGGACAACACUGGCUGUCACCUGAUUGGAUAUUUUUCCAAGGAAAAGAAUUCAUUCCUGAACUACAACGUAUCCUGUAUCCUUACCAUGCCACAGUACAUGAGACAGGGCUAUGGCAAGAUGCUCAUUGAUUUCAGUUAUUUACUUUCUAAAGUGGAAGAAAAAGUUGGGUCUCCAGAACGUCCACUCUCAGAUCUGGGGCUCAUAAGUUAUCGUAGUUACUGGAAAGAAGUGCUUCUCCGUUAUCUGCAUAAUUUUCAAGGCAAAGAGAUUUCUAUCAAAGAAAUUAGCCAGGAGACAGCCGUGAAUCCUGUGGACAUUGUCAGCACUCUGCAAGCCCUUCAAAUGCUCAAGUAUUGGAAAGGAAAACACCUAGUUUUAAAGAGACAGGACCUGAUUGAUGAGUGGAUAGCCAAAGAGGCCAAAAGGUCCAACUCCAAUAAAACCAUGGAUCCAAGCUGCUUAAAAUGGACCCCUCCCAAGGGCACUUAAAGUGACCUGUCAUUCCGAGCCAGCGAACCCCAGCAGUAGGAAUCCGUACCCUAGGGAUCUGUCUGUCAUUUCUGUUGCUCUUGUGAUUGGCAAGUACAGUAUCCUUUGGGAAGGCCAUCCCCCUCAGGACUGUCCUGGCUCUGACCUUCAUUUACACUGCAGACGCUGGUUCUGAGGAACUGUUGUUUCGGCCUCAGUGAGGUUGCCUGGAUGGGAUCUGUGUUAGACUCAAGUGCAGAUCCCUCAUAGCACUGACCCAAGGAGUUCUGUUAUGGUACUGUACCUGUCCAGUCACUGGUUCCCUCCUCAUGUUCUCUAGCCCCAUGAGGUGUGUCUUGUCCUCUGAACUUUGUACUAGUGCUUCUUGCCACCUGGUCACCAGACCUCCAAAUAUGGUUGCCACUACCAGGACCUUUCCAGUUACUCCUUACAAGUGUUUUUGUGGAGGGGCAGGGAAGAGGCAGCACUUUGAGGGUUUGUGUGUUUGUGUACUAGGAGGGGUUCAUUCACAUGGGAUUUCAUCUCGCUUUACCUUUUUUUCCUCUGUUUUUAUUGGAAGACUUGUUUUUUGAUCAGUAUUGGGCUGCCCAGAGCCAAAUACUUCUUAAGAGUUUCCCAGAGAUUAGUUUUGGUAACAGCACAUAAUCCAUCCAAAUGAGAUGGUGAGAGGAAUAAGAAAGAGGUGGUGAUUUUGUAUUUUGGUUUGAGUUCACCUGUGGGCAAUGGGCAGUGUCUUGGUGGAAGGGAAUGGAUAAUUCUUUUGCCUCACCACAAAGUGCCCAGCAGUAAAUAUUUUCUUCUCUCUUUACUCCCUGCCUCUUUUUACAUCUGCAGGUGCCAAAAUAAUUUCCAGUUCUCCCUUUUAUGCUCCAUGUUGACUGGUUAAUAGUACUGCAAAACCCUUUCGCUUGUGCCAGUCUGGUAUAGGACCACCUGUACUUCCACAUAAGUUGCACUGACUUUGUCCAGAGCAUCCUGGGAGAAGUUGAAAGUGAUUGAAAAUGACUUCCUGUCUUAGCCCAUGCCUCUCAGCGAGGCAGAGUGGCUACCUGCCAAGGUUUGCUACUCUUUUCAACAGUUUCUUACCCUCCUCUAGAACUGAAGUGCUUCUGCCCUUCCAAGAACUCCUCCUCCAUUUCCUUUUUGGGAUUUGACACCAUCCUCCUCUUCUCUGGUGUCCUAUUUUUGGUGUUAUUCAAGUGAAGGAAGAGAUGUUCCCUCUAAUUUCUCCCUAGCCCUUUAUAACCUGCUAUCUUGGGGCAGCUUUUGAUGUCUGACAUGUCACUCUUCCCAACUUGGUCUCCUACAACACUGCUGUCUUCAUGUGGCGCCCUUACCACAAUCCCGACUCUGGUCAUUUGUGCCUUUUUCUUGUCAUCUCUGUACACUACUUAUAUUCACUGUGGGUUGGGGGGAGCUGAUUUUAAGCAUGUUCAGUGGCAGCUCCCCUCCAGUUUCAGUGUCACUGUUAAAAUUUAUCCAAAAGCAACUUCACUGGGGGUUUUCUUAAGGGGUAAAGGCCUUUUACAGAUGCUAAACCCUUCCCCACAUGUGGUAGAAUGUGCUCUUCUAUAUCUAUUCCUCAAUAAAGCAUGUUCUCUGCUCAAGUCCGUUUUAUCUGGGACUCUCAUUUGUGUAUGAAAAUGACACAGCUGACCUGCUACUAAUAGUAAGUGCAGUGGGGACUUGUUUUCUCUAGCAGUAAACUGUUGAGGGAUGUGGUUUGUGGCUAUGGAAUUGUUUUUCCCUGUGAUGCUAGUCAUAGAGGGAGCGCUUAGUCUGAACUUGUGUAGUUAGGAUGAAUUCAGACUGCCUUCUUUGGGUGCCAGCAGUGGCUACUUGGUAUUUCACAUUCUUUUUUCAUCUGAUUUUAGAGGCAAAGGAACCAGCAGGAAGGGAGUAUAGGUAGGAUAUGAUGAAUACUUAAGAGAGGCAGAAACAGGUAUCUCUUGUCUCCAAGCACAUUCGCCAGUAGUGAGCUGUGUCACCUCUAAUCCUUCCUUCUCUUCCAUAUUGUUUCUGAAAGCAGCUACAUUUUCCUGCAGCUUUUAUCCAGUGCAGGAAAAGGAGGACGGUGGGAGUUGUGUUGCUGGGAUGGUUUUGUUCACUGUGGCUGGGAAUGCUGAGACCCUACACCCCUGGGUACACUUAAGAGUCUUUUGCAAGGCUGGAGUCCUUGUGCACCA